ACUAGUUCUCAGUAGAGGCUUAGUUUGGUAAAACAGCGUGCACGUGACACGCCAAGCUGUCUGCUCUGUCGUCCGUUUUCUUCAGUCCUUCAUGAAAGUGAAUGUUGGUAUUUGCUGGUAUCUACUGAUUCUGUCUAUAUUAAAGUUAUAAUUUAAACGUACUCAGUUAAUGAAUUAUCAGCAGAACGUUACAUACUGAAGACAGUAAUACAAUCUAGAAAAUAUUGGUCUAUCUACUUUACACACUGCAUUUCUAUGGUUCGUCGUAAGAUGUUACAAUAAUUACAUACUAUAUUAACAGCUCUACUAUCCCGUUCAUCAAAGACGCCAUGGAUGUGGCAGUUUCUCUACUGGGGGCAAUUUGAUGUAUCUAAAGUAAUUCCCAUACAGUAUCACUUGGUGGUGACAAAGGACUACAUUAAAACAGGGGUGUCAAACUUAAACCAGUCCCUUGCUGGUUUUUCAACUCUUCCUUUUCCAGAGCCUGCUAAUUACCUGGGUCAGGUGUGUUAAGUCAAUCAGACACACCUGUUCAAGGUGAUCAGCAGGGAGACGUGGAAAACCAGCAGGGACACCGGCCCUCGCAGUUUGCUGUUAUGCCUUAUUUUAAUGCAGGGGUGUCAAUGUUCCAUGUCCCAAUAGCUAGAUUGGUUAUCCAGGGAUUGGGGCGCCUAGGCUCCCGCCUUCGACUGCUGCCCAAUCCACUUAGCCGAAAGGCAAAGCUCUCAAUUUACCGGUCAAUCUACGUUCCUACCCUCACCUAUGGUCAUGAGCUUUGGGUCAUGACCAAAAGGGCAAGGUCACGGAUACAAGCGGCUGAAAUGAGCUUCCUCCGCAGGGUGGCUGGGCGCUCCCUUAGAGAUAAGGUGAGGAGCUCUGUCACCCGGGAGGAGCUCGGAGUAGAGUCGCUGCUCCUCCACAUCGAGAGGAGCCAGUUGAGGUGGCUCGGGCAUCUAGUUCGGAUGCCUCCUGGACGCCUCCCUGGGGAGGUGUUCCGGGCAUGUCCCACCGGUAGGAGGCCCCGAGGAAGACCCAGGACUCGCUGGAGAGACUACGUCUCUCGGCUGGCCUGGGAACGUCUUGGGGUCCCACCGGAAGAGCUGGAGGAAGUGUCUGGGGAGAGGGAAGUCUGGAACUCUCUGCUUAGACUGCUGCCCCCGCGACCCGGCCCCGGAUAAGCGGAUGAAAAUGGAUGGAUGGAUGGAUGGAUGGAUGGAUGGGUGUCAAUGUUUAAUCAGGCGCUGGAGUUGUCCUGGAGCCAUGGAGAUCCAGUGUUUCUAAGCUGGACUCAAAACAGAACCUCCUCCAGCCUUGAGAGCCACCAGGUGGCGCUAUGUCGACGUCUGGGAGAAAAGCUGGGCCUGAAAGAUGGAGAGCAGGGCUUCCUGAGACCUUGUCACCAGGUCUCAUCUGUGCAUCAGGUCCUCGUGGAGCCACUUACAUCUGACGACUGGGAGAUUUUGGAGCUUCACAGCGCCACACUGGAGCAGCACCUGUUGGAUCAGAUCAGAGUGGUGUUCCAAGAUGCCGUGUUUCCUGUGUGGGUGGACAGCCACACAGCCAUUUACAUUCAAAUAGCUUCAGUUCUUCCAUCUGUACCCUAUGGUCGCCUGGAGCAGUUCACAGAACUAGUUGUGUCUCCUAAGAUCCGAGAUGGAAUUAGCAACCCAAGACAACAGAAGUCAGAUCUCGCCUUUCCAUCAUUACAAAAUGCUGCACCUCGCCCUCAGAGUCACCAGUGGGGUGGCAUAGCUGACCUGAAGAGCUUUCUGCAGUAUAUUAUAAAGGGUGCUUAUGAUCCAGUUAAAGAAUUACCACCAGUACCUGACAUUCCUGCCCUCCUCACUGACUCUACCUACAGAGUGUGUGGUGCACCUCCUCCCUCUCUUUGCACCAUAAGCCAUGUUGCAACUGGUGUUAUUCAUUUAUUUCCUUGGGAGCAUAGACAAUACUCUGGACUAAGUGGAUGUCUGUCCCCAGUGACAUAUGGCCUGCUUUCUAAAAUCGCUUCCCCUAAAGAAACAAGGGACAAAGCCAAGCAGUCCAUGGAGAAAAAGAAGAACCAAGGAGGUACUAAAGUUGAUCCUACUGCAGUGGAUGGAGAGGAGGCAAAAGAUGAAGAGGUCAUGGUGGUCAGGGUGGUGUGCCAUGGGUCUGAGAUUUUAACAGCCAAUCAUAAAAGUUGUAGCAAGGAAAAGAUCCAUAAUGGAAGAGUAUGGAUUCCACAGCCUCUGGCAACCAAGCUGAAUAUCGUUCCCCAUUCAAUAGUUAGAAUUCAGCCAGUGAAAUCCAAUAUCAAAGUAGCCUCCACUAUUCGUCUUCAGCCUGUGAAACCACUGCCCGAGGAGAAUGAUGAGGAGAUCCAGACAGCUUUCCUUGGUUGGCUGCACACUCAGAGUCACGAACCUUUAGCCUGUCUGACUGCACGGUCUGGCACCAUCCUCCUACAUGGAGCUGAUGCAAAGCAGGAGUUUGCUUUAACUGUGCUGAAACCAGAAGCAGAGAGUGAUGCCGCAGACCAGCUGUUUCUUUUAGCACCCACAUUCAUCCAGAAAGAGAAUAUACAGAUAGACAGAGAGCCAGUCUCCGUGCCGAAGGCGGUUGCUGAAAAGCCAAACCUAGAUCUUCCCUCCCUCUGUUAUCUUGGUGGGAUUGAUGAGCUCAGUAGGACUGGAUUUGAGUUUAUCUCCCACAGCCUUCUGGGUAGUCUCCUUUCACAAGAGCUUGGUAGACUUGGACAAGGACUUAGUGGAGGAGCACUACUCAUAACUGGUGCCAAGGGCAGUGGAAAGAGCAUGCUAUCCAGAGCCCUGUGCAGGAAAGCUAGAGAAGCUCUUGAUGCACAUGUGGAGGUAGUGGAGUGCAAAAAGCUACAAGGCAAGAGAGCAGAAACUGUAAGACAGAUGCUGCAGGAUAUUUUUGAGCAGGCAGAGUGGAGACAGCCUUCAGUCAUUCUUCUUGAUGACCUGGAUCAUGUGAUGGGGGCACCAGCCUCACCUGAACAUGAGCAUGGCCCUGAGGCAUUGCUGCAACUGCACAUUGCACAAAGUCUAAAGGAUGUUGUGGAUGAGGUGGUGGUCCAUUCCAACCUGGUGUGUCUGAUCAUCACCAGCCAAACUGAACAUUCCCUCCACCCAACUUUGACUGAAGUGCAAGGUUCCCACUUUAUCCAGGGAUUUGUCAACAUCCAGCCACCAGACCAGGUUCAGAGAGCAGACAUCUUGCAUAAUUUGAUUCUAAGGAAGUCCGGUCUAUCUGAGGAGACCUUACACACGUUGGACCUAGGGACCGUUGCCAAGGAGACCGAGGGUUACACACCUCAAGACUUGGCACUGCUGUUGGAACGAGCUGUACAUGCCAACACAGUACAAAGAGGACACGGGGACCAGGGUGUGAUUCUCUUCCAGAGGGAUUUUUCACAGGCUCUGAAGGGAUUUACACCUCCAUCGUUGUGGGGUGUUGACCUCCACGUCCCAAAUGGGGUUGGGCUGGAGAGGGUGGGAGGUCUGAGAGAGGUGCAACAGCAGCUAAUGGACACCAUACUGCUUCCUGCUAAGUAUCCUGUCCUGUUUUCCAAUCUUCCGAUCCGCCAUCGCUCAGGAAUAUUGUUGUAUGGAGCUCCUGGCACAGGGAAGACGCUCCUAGCUAGGGCUGUAGCAAAAGACAGUGGUAUGAACUUCAUCAGCAUCAAGGGUCCUGAACUUCUGAGUAAGUAUAUUGGAGCCAGUGAGCAAGGAGUCCGUGAUGUCUUCCAGAGGGCACAAGCUGCCAAGCCUUGCAUCCUGUUCUUCGACGAGUUUGAUUCCUUGGCUCCCCGGAGGGGCCAUGACAGCACAGGGGUGACUGACCGUGUGGUCAACCAGCUCCUCACCCAGUUGGAUGGGGUGGAGGGAUUGCAAGGCGUAUAUGUACUGGCAGCCACAAGCCGCCCAGAUCUGAUCGACCCAGCCCUGCUGAGGCCUGGAAGACUGGACAAGUCCCUCUACUGCUCCCCUCCUGACUUGGAGGCUCGUGUAGAGAUCCUGAAGGCUCUGAGCGCAGGAGUGCCUUUGGCAGCUGAUGUGGACCUGGAGCAGCUGGCAGCAGUGACAGAGCAGUUCACCGGGGCAGACCUGAAGGCCUUGCUCUACAACGCACAGCUGGAAGCCGUCCACAACAGCUUGGGCAGCAGCACACCUCAUGAGCUGGCCUCUGGCUCAGACAGUGACAUGAGCCUGUCCUCCAUGAUCUUCCCGAACAACACCAGUGGCUCUGAUGAGUCAGUGGGAGAAGGAGACAUGGGCGUGGCUUUGGAACAGUCCCUGGUCCUCCAGGAGAAUAAUGAGGUUCAAGCAGAAGAUGAAUUAGUCCAUGGAAAUGUCUGGAGACUCUACUUUGGAAGCUCCUAUGAGUCAGAGAUGGGAGACUCGUCAGUUUCAGAACUGAAUUCCCAGUGCGCCUCUGGACCCAACUCCAUAACCCAUGACUGUACAGGAACAUCGGUUCGUGAUCACGGCGGCUCAGUCCCUCCUGCCUUCAUGGCCUCUCUUCAGAGUGGAUACGAGGAGCUGAGCCCGGAGCAGUCAGACCGCUUACAGCAAGACAUCAGCAACAUCAAAACCCACUACAGAAGAGCCAACGAGGAGGGUGUCCGGGGACAUUCAGCAUCCAGCCAGCACGGCCUGCUUCUCUGUCAGGGGCAUCUAAACGCCGCCCUGGCCGUCACCAGACCGUCUCUCAGCAAGUCCGACUGGAACAGAUACACAAAACUGUAUGAAAGCUUUGGUUCUGCAGAUGGAAAAUGUCAGUCUGUCACAUUUAAACCUGGACAACGUGUGAGUUUAGCUUGAUCAGACGCAUUAGUCAUCAUUUUGAUAUUUAGUAUAAAAAUGAGAUUUAAGAAAAAAAAUGUAAAUGUUUAAAUAAUAAUUUCUAUUGACCCUGCUGUAAUUAAAUUAAUUUUAAAACUUGAAUGUCUUUAUUUACUGUAAAUAAAAGGAGUUUAUAAUAAAUAAUACAAUGUUCUUUUGA